GUUUUGAAUAUCGCCCGCUUCAGCGUUGAAAUUCUCGGUGGACAUCUCUCGAUCGUUGUGCAUCCUUCGAGUAGUCGGCAGCGACAACUGCACCAUCACCACCACCAUGGGCUGCGUCGCAUCAAGUGUCGAACCUGUGGGGAUUUCCGUGGAAACACACAAGUUUGUCAACGCUAACAAGGCUGGGACGCUCGCCAACUCGGCUCGCGUCAAGUUGAAAACCAAAGAGGACGACGUGAUCACAGAGUCGAGGCAGCUCGGCACCGUGUUCUUUGGCUUGAACUUGCCGUUCAACGAGAUCGACGUGCGGUCGACACUUGGGGCAGGUAACUUUGGGGUCGUAUACGAAGCGUACUGCAAGGGCAAACGCGUGGCGGUCAAAAAGAUCUACCUUCGCGACACGAGUGAACAGUCUACGGAACUGGUCGACUUUGCCCAAGAAGUGGACAUCUUGUCGGUGCUCAUCCACCCCAACAUCGUACACUUCCUCGGGGCGGUUCAAGAACACCCCAACUAUUGCUUGAUCACGGAACUGUGCGAAGGCUCGGUACUCGAUCUACUCAAGUUGGUGGAAUCCAAGAAAGCUCGCGCGACAUGGGGCUUGACGCUUGACAUUGCAAACGACUGUGCCUCUGCAUGUCAUUACCUCCACUCCCUCAACCCAAUCGUCUUGCACCGCGACAUUAAGGCGGAAAACUUACUCAUCACAGAACUGUUUCGAUGCAAGUUGUCCGACUUUGGAUUGUCAAGGUCGCUGGAAAAAGAUGCGAUUGCCAACACCGUGUGCGGGACUCCACGAUGGGUGGCCCCCGAGGUGUAUCGGGGAGAUGUCUACUCGGAGAAAAUCGACAUCUAUUCGUAUGGCAUUGUACUGUGGGAGCUCUUUUGCUUCAAGAAACCCUACUUGGACCAAGACCCUAUCAACUUGCCGUACAUGGUGGUGCACAAGAACCUCCGUCCGCCAUUAUGUGCCCACAUUCCCACAGUGCUGCAUGACCUGAUGAAGGCAUGUUGGCAUCCCGAUCCAUCCCAACGCCCAUCGUUCCAUGAGAUUCGAGGACUCUUGGACGCUGCGCGGAAACAAGUGAUCCUCAGUUUGAGUAUCGACACCACAGUCUCGUAUGACGAAGCCGUUGCUAUCUUCAACAGGAAAAGCUCCAACGGCAUGCGUGUUGGGUUUGGCCUCAAGUCUGGGCUGCUGUAAUCAUAAUAAAAUCUGUGCAUGCCUGGUGUGGCUCUACUGUUCGUUUACACGAGCAAACGUGGUCACACCCUUGGCGC